GGCCAAAGUGUCCCAUGAAGAUGACGAGCCUGGUAGUGAUAUUGCUUGCUUGCUUCGCGGCCUUGGCACAUGGCAAGGCCGGAUAUGGCCCGGGGGAGCAGGAUUGGGGGUUCGUCGACGUACGUCCAGGCGCCCACAUGUUCUACUGGCUCUAUUACACCACGGCCAAUGUGUCCAACUACACGGAACGUCCCCUGGCCAUUUGGCUGCAAGGCGGUCCGGGUGCCUCAUCCACGGGCUAUGGAAACUUCGAGGAACUGGGACCCGUAGACCUGUACGGCGAUUACCGCAACUGGACCUGGGUCAAAGACAUGAACGUCAUGUUCAUCGACAAUCCCGUGGGCAGUGGCUACAGUUAUGUGGACGGUACGGCUUAUCACACGGCCACCAACAGGGAGAUUGCCCUGGAUCUGGUGGAGCUGAUGAAGGGAUUCUAUAAGCUCCAUCCGGAGUUCGAAGCGGUUCCCCUGCACAUCUUUUGCGAGAGCUAUGGCGGCAAGAUGGCACCCGAGUUCGCCCUGGAGCUGUACUAUGCAAAGGAGCGGGGCGAGGUGAAGAGCAAUCUGACGUCCGUUGCGUUGGGAGAUCCGUGGACAUCUCCAAUCGACUCGGUUCUGGCUUGGGGACCCAUGCUCAGGGAGAUGGGAAUCGUCGAUCACGACGGCUACGAUGCGAUUACGGCUGCGGCAAACUUUACUGCCGAGCUGGUGGCAGAAGAGCGCUGGAUCCAGGCCACUGCACAGUGGGGCAACACCCAGUGGGAGGUGAUGAAGGCCUCCAAAGGCGUCGACUUCUACAAUGUUUUAAAGGAGACCCUCGGCGACCGAUUCCAGAGGCAGCUGGCCAUGACGCCUGAAGAGCGACAGUACCGCACCAUGGUCAAGUUCGACAUUGACGAGGACCGCGACCAGCUGCUGGAGGAUCUGAUGCGAGGCCCUGUGGCCGAGACCCUGGGCAUACCCUCGAAUGUCAAAUGGGGAUCGCAGAGCAGCAGUACCUUCGACAUACACCGAACAGACUUCAUGAAACCCGUUAUCCAUAUUGUAAAUGAGCUGCUGGAGAAGACUCCUCUAAAGGUGGGCGUGUUUUCUGGAGGCCUGGACCUAAUCUGUGCCACGCCCGGCACCGUCAACUGGAUAGCCAAGCUGGACUGGAGCCGAAAGAGCGAGUAUCUAGCUGCCUCGCGCACUGCCAUCAGCGUGGAUCGCAUUCUGGAGGGCUAUCAGAAGACUGGCGGCAACUUCACCAUGUUCUGGAUCAACCGAUCCGGUCACAUGGCUCCCGCCGAUAAUCCAGCCGCCAUGAGCCAUGUCCUGCGGGAGUUCACAACCUUCGGCUAAAGCAGACCGAGCAGAACAGAUACAUGUAUGGUACAUACAUUUGUUCAUAAAUAAAGUUCAACAAAGA